AUGACACAAACUAGCAUUUCUUGGACGAGUACCGCGAGCACCCUCUCAGUCAGCCAGACCAGCAGCAUGACAAGGACAAGCUGGUCUCAGACCAGUAGUGUGAGCACGGUAACUGGGACCACAAGCACGUCUGCAACCACAUCGAGUAAGACGAGCAGCACAAGCGUGAGUACUGUGACCAUGACCAGCACCGCCUCUUCGACAACAGUGACCGUGACAAGCAGCGCAACGAUAUCAACUGUCAGCGAGACCAGUAGCGCUUCGGCAACCACAAUUAGCGAGACAAUCAGCACAAGCAUCACUACUGGGAGCGUGACAAGCAGUGAUACAUGGACCAGCACUUCCCGUACGAGCAGUGUUAGCACUAUCCAAAUUGGCACGAGUAGCACUUCGAUGACAAGCACUUCCAUCACUAGCACUGCAACCCACACGAGCAGUAUUUCUGCAACCACGGCAAGCGAGACGAGCGACACAAGAACAAGCAGCACGAGUACGACAACGGAAAGCGCCACAAGCAGUGCCACGAUGACAAGUUCUUCCCAGACGAGUAGCGUGAGCACUUUUUCCCACACGAGCAGUUCCUCGAUGACGAGCACUUCCCGGUCGAGCAGCACGAGUAUGACUUCAGAGAGUGACACCAGCAGCACCACGUUGACAAGCUCUUCCCAAACGAGUAGCGUGAGCAGUGUCACUCAUACGAGCACUGUUUCUAGAACUACUGCAAGCGAGACGAGCGGCACGAGUGCGACCACAUUCAGCGAGACCAGCAGCACGACGUUGACAAGUAGCUCCGAGACGAGUAGUGUAAGCACAGCAACAGGGUCAAGCAGCUCUUCUGCAACCACUUCAAGCCGAACCAGCAGCACAAGCAUUAGUUCAGAGAGUGGUACAAGCAGCACCACGUUGACAAGUUCUUCGCAGACGAGUAGCGUGAGCACUGGAACUCGGACGAGCAGCUCUUCGAUGACGACUACUUCCCAGUCGAGCAGUGCGAGUAUAACUACACAGAGUGGGACAAGCAGCACCACUCGGACAGCUACCACAUCCACAACUGAGACGAGUGGCACACGCAGCGCCACAGAGUCGACUGCAACUGAGACUAGAAGCGUCUCCGGCACAGCCACGAGUGAAACCAGUAGCACCACGGCGUCAAGCCGUAGCGGUACGAGCAGUUCUUCUGGUACCAGGGCGAGCUCAUUGAGCAGCACCAGCGAGACCACAGGACGCGUGAGCAGUAUAAGCACGAUGAUUGGGACUACCACAAGCGCGUCAAGCACAGGUACUGCUAGGAGCGUGACCAGGGCGGGCGACAGCGAGGUGUCGGCCGUGGUCCACGGCAGGUUGGGGAUCCAGGCGGGCGACCCCGCGUCCUUCGCGGGCGACCCCCUGGCCGCCGCCGCAGUCCAGCGCUCGCUGGCAGCCUUCUGCGGGGUGCCCACCGCGAGCGUGGCUGUGAGGCUCGAGGAGCUCGAGGCGCCCCUGCUGCGGCGACGCCUCUCGCUGACCAGCGGCAGCGUGCGGGCCACGUACUCGGUGGCUGGUGGGCUCGAGGAGGUGCGGGCGGCCGCGGUCGCGCUCGAGAGUGCGACGGCCACCGAGGUGGUGACCGCGAUCCUGCAGGCAGAGUUGGCGGUGUCGGGGUUGGAGGAGUUGUACGGCAGCUUGACCGUCGCCAUCGUCCUCGUGGACGCCACGGUCGGCCGCACGAUGCCCGGCAUUCUAGGCGGUGCCCACCACGGAGAGCGAGGACGGCCUGAACGCGGGGGCGAAGGCCGCGUUGGUGGCGGGGCUAGGCGUCUCGACGUUCCUCAGCGUGCUGCUUCUCCGCUGGCGCUGGGGCAAGACCUGCAGGGUCGCGACUGGGCCCAUUCCAGAGUCGCCGCCAUCUCCAAG